AGUGAGGCCGAGGGCAAGCAAGUGUGAAUGUGGACCCACUUGUGACAGUUGCGAUCGACAGCCAGGCCCCGCCAUUCCCGAUUCGGAAACCACUCUCUGAUUGGUCGGAGAAUAUACUGAAAGAACUGGCUCAAUGAAGAAUUCCCAUCACAACUGCUCAACAGGCAGGUGCAAACUUCGGGGUUAACGGGGGCGUUGGAGAUUGGCUAUUUAGAGUCCGUAAACGCCGAUUUGAGUUGCGUGGCUGCUGGUGAGGAGAUGGAAUUAUAAAUAUGAGCUUUGGUUGCUUGCUUCAUUGGUAUCCGGUAGGUUUCUUUGUUCUCUGCCUUAAAGUGUAUUCCAAAGUCAGAAACUCAACACGACCUCGACUUCACUCAAAUUUAUCGUCCCGCUUCAUUGCAUUCUCUUCUACUCUCCGCAUCAGCUACUGCUAGCAAGCAAAUCAAAAAUGUCUGACGAAGUCGCAACCCAGCCUCAUAACCUCCCCCUACUCGCAACAGAGAAGAACACUGCAGGGAAAACAUACAUCGUCACAGGUGCCAACACCGGUCUCGGAUUCGAAGCCUCUAAACACCUUGUCAAUCUCGGCGCAAAGAAGGUCAUCCUCGCCGUACGCAGCGUCCCCUCCGGCGAAGCUGCCAAGAAGAAAAUCGACGAGGCUACUGGCAAAGCCACUGUUGCGGAGGUCUGGGCUCUCGACCUGAGCAGCUAUGAGUCCGUCAAGGACUUUGCUAAGCGUGCCACUACCGAGCUUGACCGCAUUGAUGCUGUGAUUGAGAAUGCGGCUGUUGCUACAGGUGAACAGAAGACCGCGGAAGGAUAUCAUAUUGGUCUCACAGUUAAUGUGUUGAGUACCUUUCUGUUGGCUGUGUUGCUAUUGCCUAAGCUGAAAGAGUCUGCGGAGAAAUAUGGGACCCUGCCGCGUCUGUCGAUUGUGACAUCGGGUGUCGGGUUCGAUGUGCGUCAGGUCUGGGAAAUGGUGAAAGAGGACCCGUUUGUGAGAGCGUCUGGGCUCCCUGCUGAGCAAUUGAUGGCCACGUACCCCCUGUCCAAGCUUAUGGAUACUUUCGCCGUUCGUGAGCUAGCAGCGCAGCUCCCUCUAGACCAAGGAAAGGUAGUCAUCAAUGCUGUUUGUCCUGGCCUUUGCAAGACCGAGCUUGUCCGCAAUGCUCCACCUCCCCAGAAGGAAUCAAUCAUCAACCUACAUACACAGUUUGGUCGGACUGCAGAAGACGGAAGCCGCACUCUUCUCGCCGGCGCUAACUUAGGAAAGGACAGUCAUGGAGGCUACACUUCCAGUUGUGAACUCAGAAAUGACAAAGUUCCUGAUUGGGCGAAGGACGAGGAGGCGCAGAAGUGGCAGAAGAACCUGUGGGACCUCAUUGUUAAGGAAAUCGAUGCCACCGCACCCGGUGCAGUGGAAAAGGCAUUCGGGAAAUAAGUUUCACAUGGCGAAUUAGUUGU